AUGCUUCACCGCAUCUUGUCGACUCAUCUUCGCACUUCCAUUAUUAACCAGGUCUAUUUCUCCUCACUCUCUCUUUUUCACCUGAAAUUUCAUCAAUUUAUACUAUCUGCUUUUUUCACUAGUUCUUCAUCAUCUUCAAAUUCAUCUGACAAAUUAAGCAACACCCAGUUGAAAUCUCCUCGUGUUCUUGUCCCUCUUGUGGGAAAAUUGGUUCUUUCCAAAUAUACCCAUCUGUUGAAUAGUCAAUCUGAUAACUUUAAUAUUGCUAAUUUGUCUCUUAAUCAAUUGCUUUUGAACAUUUCUUAUGUUUCUCCUGGAAUUUGCCGCAAAUUUUUGCGGGUUUCUUGUUGGAAACCUGAGUAUAUGCUUGAAAUUUUACUGAGUUUUCAGUUGAGUAGGGAAAAUUUGGGGAGUAAUGUUGAAGUUGUUAAAUCUUUGUGGGAAAUUUUUAGGAGGGUUGAUGGUGGAAAUGUGGGAUUUAAGCAUUUGCCUCGUUCUUGUGAGGUUAUGGCAUCCAUGCUUAUUAAUGUUAGGAUGUUCAGGGAGGUUGAAUAUUUGUUAUCCCCCGUUAAGAAUCAAGGAAUUUUUGUGGGUAAUGAUGAAAUUUUCAGUGGACUAAUUGAGGGUUAUGUUAAUCUUGGGUUGUCUGAAAGGGCACUUUUGAUGUAUGACACAAUGAAGGGCCUAUGUUUAGCUCCAUCUUUAUUCUGUUAUCGAUCUCUACUUGGGAUUUUGAUUGAGGAAGGUAAAGUUGAUCAAGCGAUUCGUAUUUAUGAGGAUGGGGUUGAGGUGGGUUUUGAAGAGGUGAAGAAUUUGGAGAGUCUAAUAGGUUUUUUGUGUCGUGACGGAAAGAUUAGGGAAGCAAGGAAGCUCCUGAAGAAAAUUGUGGCUUCUGGAUGGAAGCCAAGUCUAAUGAUUUUGAGUGAGGUUGCGGAUGUGUAUUACGAGAAGAAGGAUUUCGAAGAUCUUCUGAGUUUUUUCAUUGAGAUGAAAUGUGCACCAGAUACCUUGGUUGGUAAUAAGAUAAUUUAUUCUUUGUGCUCUAAUUUCAAUAUACGCAGAGCAAAUUCAUUCAUGUGGGAGUUGGAGAAUUUAGGUUUUAUCCCCAAUGAGAUAACCUUCGGAAUCUUUAUAAGUUGGAGCUGCCUUGAUGGAAAAAUAAAAGAUGCCUUUGCUUAUCUAUCAGAGAUUUUGUUUAGAGGCCUGAAACCUGAUAGGCACUCCUAUAAUGCAUUGAUAAGUGGUUUGUUGAAGGCAGGUAUGCACGAGCUUGCACGAGAAAUUCUCAAUGAAAUGAUUGAUAAUGGGAUAAAACCCAAUCUGGCAACCUAUAGAGCUUUUUUAGCUGGGUAUUCUAAAGCCAGGCAAUUUGAUGAGGUUAAACUUAUGAUGAGUGAGAUGGCCAAUUAUGGUUUGAUACUUCUUUCUCCUUCAGAGAAUCCAAUAUCCAAAGCAUUCUCUGUUUUGGGGCUCAACCCGUUAACUGUAAAGGUCAAGAGGGAUAAUGAUAUAAAAAAUUUCAGGACAGAAUAUGUUGAUACUUUGGGAAAUGGUCUUUAUCUAGACACUGAUGUGGAUGAGUUUGAGAAGAAUGUAAUGGGUGUUCUUGAAGAAUCCUUGAUUCCAGACUUUAAUUUGCUGGUGAUUAGGCAAUGCAAUCUUAAAAAUGGUCAAGAGGCGUUGUUGAUGGUGGAUGAGAUGCUUCAAUGGGGACAAGAUUUGUCACUUCCUGUUCUUUCUGCAUUGGUAAGAUUGUUAUGUGAAUCAAAAUGCCAUAUCAAAGAGAUCCCAGCUCUCCUAGAUAAAGUAUUUCAACUUUUCGUCAAGCUAGAUCAUAAAACACUCAAUUUCACUGCUGAGGUUUUAAGUAAAAAUGGGUUUGUGGAUCAGAGCAGGUCACUCCUUCAUGAAAUGCACAAAAGACAUCUACCAAUUUUCCAUGCAACAUAUACUUCCACCCUUGUGGCAGUAUGCAAGCUUGGUAGCACGAGUGACAUUCUUUAUUGUUGGGGUCUUGCACGGAAAGAUCACUGGUCACCUGAAUGGGGUGAUUUUAUUAUUGUGUUGGAUAGUUUAUGUCAGAGAAAAAUGCUUGAAGAACUACUUGAACUGUUUGACGUCAUGCUGGCAUCAAACCCUUACUUAGGCAUCCAAAUUUGUGAUGUGUUUCUUGAAAAAAUUUCUUCUGCUGGUUUCACCGACAUGGGGGAUAUCUUGGUCACUACACUAAAACAGAAGAACAUUGAUUUGCAUCACUCUGUCUAUAGCCAUAUUAUCAAAGGCUACUGUCAAGAGAAAAGAUUUUCAGAAGCCUUAAGGACAUUUGACAAAAUUCGAGCUCAAACCUUGUCCUUGUCGCAGGAUGCUCUUUUACUGUUAAUACCUAAGCUUUGCAAGGUUAACAGACUCAAAGAAGCAGUUGCUUUAAAAGAUGCAGUUUUAAAAAACCAUCCUUCCGCCUUCUUUUCUCUUCACAAUGCCCUUAUUAUUGGUUGCUGCAGGGCUAAUAUUGUUGUAGAGGCAGAAGGUUUAUUUCUAGAAAUCUUAUUGAAAAACAUUCAUCCGGAUGAUGAAGUUAUCAAUGCACUGCUUCAGGCUCACUGCCAAAGUAGUGAUUUGAAGACAGCUAAUGAGCUACUUUGUUUCAUGGUGAAGAGGAAAAUGGGUCUCUCACUGUCCAGCUAUCGUGAUUUCUUAUACCUGUUAUGCAAAAAGGGAAUGUUUCAUUCUGCCUGGAGUCUAAAGAGUCUCAUGCUUGUCGAAAAUAAGUCUCCAUAUUCCAUCAUCCAUAAUAUAUAUAUUUCCCAACUCUUCAAAACAGGGAAGCGUCUCCUUGUUGACGCAUUUUUGGGUGAACUUGAAGAAAGUGGGUUGCAACUUGAUGAAGUUGGUUACAAUUUUCUGGUCCAUGGGUUUUCAGUUUGCAAAGACAUGACAAAGUCGAUAAAAUUUUUCAAUGAGAUGAUUUUGAAGGGCCUUAAACCGAGCAAUCGCAGCCUCAGAGCAGCAAUAGGCUACUUGUGUAGAAAUGGGCAGGUUCAGGAUGCCUUACAAUUAAGUAAUCAGAUAGAGUCAAGAGGCUGGAAUGUUUGUCCUACUGUACAUUAUGCAAUCCUGGAGGGGCUUUUCUUUGAUGGUAGAGUACAUUUUGCAGAAAGGUAUCUUGCUCGAAUCAUGAAGAAAGUUUUAACACCCGAAACCAUCUACUACAACAAUUUAAUACGCAACUUCUGCAGAUAUGGAAGAGUGGAAACAGCAGUAAGUCUCCUGGAACAAAUGUUGAAGAAGAAAAGUAUACCUGACAGAUCCUCCUAUGAUUGUAUUGUCCAAAGUUUUUGUGGGUACAAUCACUUGGAAUGUGCUAUGGAUUUUUUCAAUGAGAUGCUACAUAGGGAUCUUAAACCAAACAUAAGAACAUGGGACAUGAUCAUUCAGAAGUUAAGCAAAACUGGGCAAACUAAGGAAGCAGAAAGUAUUCUAAUUUUGAUGAUCGAAGUUGGUGAAAAUCCUACUAAGGGGAUGUACACCUCAGUGAUUGAUAGAUAUCGGAUGGAGAACAACUUGUUUAAGGCAUCAGAAUUAAUGGACAGAAUGCAACAACAAGGUUAUGAACCUGAUUUCUUGACUCAGUGGUCCCUUAUUAGCAGCUUGAGCAACUUCACUGAUCAGAAAAGUAAUAUUGGCACUGAAGGCUUUCUAUCAAAACUUCUUGGGGAGAGUGGAUUCCCUUCAGGGAGUACCAAGUCCAAACUGAAGUGA